UUCUUAUAUUCCUACAACUUUGUUGCAAGAAUUUUCAGUGUGAUUUAUUUGCUUCUUUUCUUGCCAUUUGUCACUUCUCUCUACUUGUGUAAGUCUCUGUUGAUCUUGUGUUUUGUUUGAUAAUUCUCUAAGUCCUUAAUCUCUUUUGCUUAAUAUACAUUUUCAAUUACCAAACAAGAUUUAAAGUUUUCAUUUUCUUUUUCCUGCUCAUUUUUGUUUACUCGUUCAUUGAAUACUUUUUUUUGUUUGCACAACUCAUUUUUCAGUAAUUGCAUAUGAUUCAACAACUUAAACUAAGUUAUCGAAGAUUGUAAAAUCAAAUCGAAUUGUUAAAUAUGUGUUGAUACUGAGCCAAAUAUCUGACAGCAAUGAAUCUAUGUAGUUACGAAUAAAAAUUGCAUCUUGUAAUUACCAAGCGAAGAUUUAAAGUUUCAAAUUAUUUUCUUAAAUUUUAAAACAUUACUCUGUUCUAAAAUUGGGGAGCGGCGGCACUGUAGCUUUCGCUAGAGUGCAAUUUCAUUUGAUAAUUUGAAUUUAUUUCCGCAAUUGCCAUUUUUCCUUGAAAAAAAAAAUCGAGAUUUCAUUAAGACACUGGCUCUCAUCUCCGCAUCCAGGCUCCUCCUCCUUCCUCCUCCUCCGUUCGACAGCAUCUCCUCCGCUCCUUCUCCUGGGUGUUUUUUUUUUCAUCUCUAUUUUUUCUCAGAACUCUAAGAAACUACCAACGAGAACGUCCUCUCACUGAAAAACCGCGAAUCUGGUGUACAUUCGAGAACGUCCUCUCCGUUUGACUUUUUAUUUUUCUAAUUUUUUAGGAUUUUCCACUAUCAGCCUUUUUCUCUCCUAAUCUUAGGGGGAAAAAAAGUAUUUCAUUUUUUUCAUUGUGUGGUUUGGAGGGUUUGAUGGUUGAAAUAUGUUCCAGGAAUCAGCUUCGGAACAAGCAAUGAGCCUUCCAAGAGAAAUAUAAUCAAGAAGGAAACAUAGUCAAGAAAUUCAAAAAACUAAGAAAAAGUCGGAUCGGGAAAGUGGAGAUGACAAUUGUUAUUUAGAGCAAGUGGAGAUGAUCUUCGGAUAAGAAGAAAAACUUGCCCAGUUACUGUUUGCAGUACCCGAUUUACAGCAACUGUUUUUUUCCAAUGGCAUUGACUUGGAGCACCCAAAGAGCCUCUUCAUCUUUUCUUUCAAAUGAUUUAGCUCCUGGAUGGAAGUAUGAUGUGUUUUUGAGUUUCACGGGUGUAGACACCCGCAGGGGUUUUGUAUCCCAUUUAUACCAUGAAUUGUGCAAGUGCCAAGGAAUUACGACUUUCUAUGACGAUCGAGAGCUUGAAAGAGGAACAAGUAUUUCUCCAGAGCUUCUAAGUGCAAUCAAAGCAUCGCAUACAGCAAUCGUUGUUCUCUCUCCAAAAUAUGCUCAUUCCAAAUGGUGCUUGGACGAACUCACAAACAUUGUUCAAUGCAUGGAAGCGAGGAAAUCAAUUCUGCCGGUCUUUUAUGAGACAAAUCCAUCUGACGUAGGCAAUCAGAGGGCGUCUUUUGCCGAAGCCUUCACUGAGCAUGAAGAAAAGUUCAUUAGUACCGAAGACAAAAAGAAGGUGACCCAGUGGAGAUCUGAUUUGAAAAAAGUAUCCAAAAUUUCUGGGUGGCAUUCGAAGAAUUUUAAGUCUGAAAGACAGCUAAUUGAUGACAUUGUCAAUUGCGUGCGGAGGAAAGUGCAAGCUACAUGCACGCUAUUAGAUUCCUCACAGAAGUUAGUCGGAACUGAUUCUGCACUCGAGCAACUAAGUUUGCUGUUAGCUCAUGACGCAAAUGAUGUUCGAUUUAUUGGGAUAACUGGGAUGGGUGGCGUAGGCAAGACUACUCUUGCUAAGCUAGUUUAUGAUAAAGUCUUCCAUCAUUUUGAAGUUCACUGCUUUCUUGAAAACGUUAGAGAGGUUUCUGUAACAGAGCGUACUCUAGUUCGUCUUCAAAAACAACUUCUUCUCCCAAUCUUGAAAGAAAAUAUUGAAAACGUUAGUGACCAACAAUGGGGAAUCAUUUACACGAAGAAAUGCUUGUGCAACAAAAAGGUUCUUCUUGUACUUGAUGAUGUGGAUCAAGUAAACCAGCUACAAGUACUAGCUGGAAAGAAAGAUUGGUUUGGCAUGGGAAGUAGAACUAUCAUUACAACUAGAAAUGAACGUCUGCUGGUUGAGCAUGACAUAACAUUGUGUCAUAAUGUCGAGGUGUUAAAAGGUGCCGAAGCACUUGAGCUGUUUAGCCUGCACGCCUUUAGAAAAGACCAACCUGAGGAAGAAUUUUUGGAACUGUCUAAGUAUUUCAUUAAUCAUGCUGGAGGCCUUCCAUUAGUUCUAAAAACUUUGGGGUCUUCUUUGUAUGCGAGAGGUCAAGGUGCAUGGAAUAGUGUACGAGAUAAUCUAAGGAAAAUUCCUAUUCCAACAGUUUUUGAUUCACUCAAAGUUAGUUAUGAUGGACUAGAAAGGACAGAGAAGAGAAUUUUUCUCGAUGUUGCGUGUCUGCACAAAGGGAAGCCCACGACGGAAGUAUUGCGGAUGCUAGACAAUUCAUUUGGAAUUUCUAGUAGUAGUAUGAUAGAUGUACUAAUUGAGAGAUUUCUCGUAUACAAUUACGAAAACAUGAUAGGGAUGCAUGAUUUGAUACAAGAAAUGGCAUGGACAAUUGUUCGUGAAGAGUCUGAAGAGCCUGGUCUACGCAGUAGGUUGUGGCUUUCUGAUGAUAUUUUUCAUAUACUCACGACCAAUACGGGUUCGAGAGCAAUUGAAGCUAUAUCAUUACGGCCGCCCAAAGUAGAAGAGGUGCCCCAAUGGAAUUGUGAAGCCUUCUCUAAGAUGCAUGGACUGAGGUUUUUGGAAUUCGAUAAUUUGAUAUUUUCUUCAGGCCCCAAAUUUCUUCCAUGUUCCUCGAGAAUUAUAAAUUGGAGUUUCUAUCCUUCCAAGUUUCUUCCUACCAGCUUUCGCCCGUACUUGCUUACUGAACUUAACAUGCCUAAUAGCAAUCUUGUUCGGCUUUCGGAGGGAAAAAUGGACUUGCCCAAUUUGAAAUAUCUCAAUCUUGCCUCCUCCAAGAAAUUGAUUAAUACCCCAGAUUUCAGUGGCUUUCCAAAUCUUGAGACGUUGGAUAUUUGGAAAUGUAAGAAUUUAGUUGAGAUUCACCCGUCCGUUGCAUUCCUCAAAAGACUUAAAAGUUUGAAUCUUAGGGGUUGUGAAAGCAUUAAGAGCCUCCCAAGUGAGUUUGAAAUGGAUUCUCUUGAAUAUUUGUAUCUUAGUGGCAGCUCAAAUGUGAAAAAGAUUCCAGAAUUUGGGGAGCAAAUGAAGAAUGUGUCCGUGAUUUACUUAGAUGGGACUGCGAUCGAGAAAAUACCUUCAUCAAUUGCACAUUUGGUUGGCCUUAAUAGUUUGAGUAUAAGUGAUUGCAAAAAUCUCUUGAACCUUCCAAGGGCUAUUUGUAAUUUGAAGUCUCUUACAUAUCUCAAUGUGAUGGGAUGCUCAAAACUUGACAAACUCCCAGGAGACAUGGAUCACUUAAAGGAUCUUAAAUGUGGAAACACAAUGGCAGAGCCGCUUGUGGGUAUGAAAAAUCUUAAAGAUCUAUUUUUUAAAUGUGAACCAGAUACUAAAGCAAGGGAGGGGUGGGGCCUUCUCCGCUUAUUAGGACUUGGAAAGAGUCGUCCUCAUCCUCCUUGUUGGGGUUUGGUGCUGUCUUCUCUAAAUCGUUUAUGCUCUUUGAGAAUGUUAUAUCUAGAAGAUUGUGAACUCUGUGAAGGAGAUAUCCCCGAUGAUAUUGGCUGCUUGUCCUUUUUGGAAGAAUUGUAUCUCGACGGAAAUAAUUUCGUCAGUCUACCUGAAAGCAUUAGACGCCUUUCUAAGCUCAAGUAUCUUGGUUUGGGGCGGUGCAAAAGCCUUCAAGAAUUGCCACCUCUUCCAUCAAAUAGCGAAUUAUACGUAACUCUACAUGAUUGUACAUCCUUAAAAAGGUUGACAAAUGCAUCCAAGUUGAGCAGCAGAUUCACCAAUUUGUAUGACUUUGACUUCCAUUGCAAGAAUUGCAUUGCAUUGGUUCAAGAUGAAGGCUGGAUUAAUACAAUACUCUCAAGGAUUCCAAGAUUUGUCGCUUAUUAUGAGGUACGGUGUCCAGAUCCCAUCAAAGAUGCCCCAAACCUUGUAUUGUCUGGAAGUGAAAUUCCAAAGUGGUUCAGUAACCAGAGUGUGGGAAAUUCAGUAAAUGUGAAGCUUCCACCACCAUCAUGUACCGACUGGCUGGGGAUUGCCUUUUGUCUUGUUUUUCAAGAUCCUAACCAAAACUUGGCCAAUCCACCUACUGGUCAUGUCAUUAAGCUUUUAAAUUGCAAUUUGGGUAUUCCAACAGGAUCACUUCUGUCGGAACAUCUUUGGGUAUUUGAUUUGCCUCGUAAAUAUUGUCAUGAGGAACAAUUUUUAUUCAAAACUUACAUUACAGAUGUGAAAGUGCGAGAAAUACAAUGUGCAGACUUCAAUAGUGUGAAGAAGUGUGGGGCUCGUUUGGUGUACAAGCAAGAUUUGGAAGAGCUAAACCAAACAUUGAAAAUCCUGAAACGAACACAUGAAUAUAGCGACGAGCAAGCUUCAAGUGGACCUGUAAGUGCUAGCUUCGACAACACAGAACAAAUCCACAAAAGACAUUGUUACUAGUCACCAUCUUAUAAUAAAUGCAGUCCCCUGUAAAGUCAGUUGCAUCAUAAACUUGGGAAGAAUUGGCAAAAGCUGGAGUUGAAGCAGGACAAAUACUAUCCGAGCGCCGUGGGGUCGGCCUCCAUGUUUCUUCCUGGUACAAGAAUGAACCACGAGGUUCAUUUUCUGAAACCGACACGCAUGAAUUCCUUGAACUGGUUGGAGAGGUCAAUCUGAGCAACAAGAAGAGGCGUUGGAGGCCUAGUUGACAAGUAUCCGACCAAAACCCAAACCAUCUUGACGGCAUAUCUGCACUCAAUCAAGCAGCAAUCUCCCUCCCACUUUUCAAAUCAAUUCCUCUUAAAACAACAUCAACACAGGCAACAUACACAACCGUGUUCACAUCAAUACCAAUGUGGUAACCAUUGAUGUCAGCAACCAUAGGAUCAAACCUGGUAUUAAAUUUCACAACAAUGAACGAUCUUUUGACACCGAGGAUGGCUCCGGUAGGCUCACAUACCACCCUCUGGAUGAUCCCAGGGAAUCGACAUCAUAAUAAGAGAUUACUGAUUCGGAUUUCUUCAAUAAACUGUUUUCCCUGAUCAAAUUUCUAACUGAAAUACAAAGAAAGACAAUUCUGUUUGAUUAAUUUCCAACUGUCUUGUUCUUUGUAUAAGUUUCCCAUAAAUGUAAAAGUUGAAGCAUUCACAAAAUAAAGAUUCACACUUGUUGAGAAA